AUGUUGCAUUUCUAUCCAAAGAAUGCCAAGUAUGAGGCGAAUGAGAAGCUGAGAUGGCUAAAGCAAAAGGGGAGCGUGAAGGACUAUGUUGCCACAUUCACCAACCUAUUAUUCGAGGUGCCUAGCAUAAUAGAUGAAGACGAGCUCAUGUACUUCAUGAGUGGCCUACAUAAUUGGGCCAAGCUGGAGUUACAAAGGAGACACGUCCAAACCUUGUCAGAGACAAUUGCUGCAGUUGAGUCUCUUGUUGAGUUCAAGAGGAGUGAUCAAGGCAACUCCAAACGAAAGAAAGGUGGCAGUGGAUCCGGUGGGGGAGACAACAGGCCAAAAAAGGGUGGCAAGUCAGGAGACAAGUCUGACGGUCACAAGUCAUCCGCGAAGAAGAAUGACAAAGGUGACAAGGGGAAAGACAAGUCGAAGCUAGCUUGCAACUUGUGCAAUGGAGUGCACAUGAUGUGGGAGUGUCCGCAAAAGAAAGCCUUGAAUGCUAUGAACCAGGAGAAGGAAGAGGAGGCCGAGAGGGAAGCGGGAAUGGGGGCCAUUCACCACAUCAAUGCCUCACAAGCCAAAAUCGCUCAACCACAGGUUCAAGCCAAAGGGGUCAUGUUCGUCAACGCCAUGGUGAAUGGCAAAACAACUCGUUGCCUGGUGGAUAUAGGUGCCUCGCACAACUUUAUGUCCGUGCAAGAAGCAAAGAAACUUGGGUGCCGAGUCUCAAAGAAAAUAGGCAGUAUGAAGAUGGUGAGUUCAACCGCCAAACCAAUUGAUGGAGUAGCUCAUGGUGUGGAGCUACACAUUGCUACUUAG